AUGUCGCGAGCAGUGGCAACGCGUCUAAUUUCUCGCAAGCGGCUGGUGAUUUUCUUUUUUAUUACCUUAGCUGUUUUACUUUUGGCGUUCAGACGUUUAUCCUCUCGACGGCAGCCCUACAUCGUGUUCAUACUUGCCGACGAUUUGGGAUGGAACGACGUGAGUUACAACGGCUGCCCCCAGAUCAGGACGCCCAACAUCGACGCGCUUGCCUGGAACGGCAUCCGCCUACAGCGCUACUACACACAGCCCAUGUGUACUCCCUCGCGGGCGGCACUCAUGACCGGACGAUAUCCGAUUCACACAGGCACGCAGCACUUCGUCAUCCUGCAGAGUGAACCUCGCGGACUUCCAUUGCAUUUCAAGCUUCUUCCUCAAUGGUUUGGUGACCUGGGAUACGCCUCUCAGAUGCUGGGAAAGUGGCACCUGGGAUUCUACAAGAAGGAGUACACCCCGACAAUGAGAGGUUUCCAAAAUCACAUUGGCUCCUGGGGUGGCUUUGUAGACUACUACUCACAUCAAAGCGAAUCGGAUAUUUUAGGGGGGCAAUUUAUAGGACUCGAUUUUCAUCAAGGUCUGUCAGAGGCCAGAGAGUUGAAUGGCAAGUACUACACCCAGCUCUUAACAGAAGAAGCUACCAGAGCCAUCAAAAACCACCCUCUGGGAAAGCCCCUGUUCUUGUAUCUGGCCCAUCAAGCACCACAUGUUGCUAACCCGCAGGAUCCUCUGCAAGUUCCGAAGAAAUACAGCGACAAGUAUCGUGACAUAGGCUCCCGGAACAGAACCCUGUACGCGGGCAUGGUGUCCGCCCUCGACGAAUCAGUGGGCGCGGUUGUUGAAGCCCUCGGGAAACGAGGAAUGUUGAGCGACACUGUUUUGGUGUUCUCGUCGGACAACGGUGGCGACACGAACGGCGAAGACGCGAACUACGCCUCUUCGUGGCCCUUCAAGGGGCAGAAAACGACGCCUUGGGAAGGAGGGGUCCACGUUCCCGCCAUAAUCUGGAGCCCAUUGUUCAGUGGAAUGCGGGGCUACGACUACAGUAACCUGUUUCACAUUACCGACUGGUUACCCACCUUAUACCAACUUGCUGGUGGUGACCCCUCGGAUCUGGGCGACAUCGACGGGAUCAGUCAACUAGAGGCACUUAGACGCGGGAACGAGGCGCCGAGGAAGGAACUGCUCAUCAACAUAGAUCCCGUCGAUAACGUCUCCGCCAUCAUUGAGGGUCAUUUCAAACUUGUCAGCGGUGUCGUCAGUGAAGGCGUGCUCGACGACUGGUUUCAGGUCCCCGGGAACGUCAGGUGGGGCUCCGACAGAGCUCGCCGGGAGUGCGAGACCUCCGUUGUGGCACAGGUGCUGAGGAACGCCGGUCACGGUGUCGCCUGCGGUUCGGGAGACGGAUCCUACGCGACUCCGAUAAAAUGCGACGAGAGGGGUCCGAGAAAUCCAUGUGCUCCAGCAGCGGCGCCUUGUCUGUUCGACUUAUUCAAGGACCCUUGCGAGUACAACAACAUUGCGGAGGAACACCCCGAGGUGUUACGCAGGCUUAUAGGAAAACUUGAGGCUUACCGGGCAACUUCAAUGCCUCCUGGAAAUCUUCCUCUGGAUCCACGAGCAGACCCUGCGCUGCACAACCAUAUGUGGGCUGCGUGGGGCGACGAUUCUAAAUGA